AGAUCGUAAUAGGCCCACUUCACUGGGCAUAUAUUUGGCCCAAACAUUAAUUACCCGUCUAACCCGCCAAUUUCUUUCCACCCUCACCAGUGCACUUUCUCCUAUCACAGCUUUAGUGGGUAAUUUUCUGUUGAGCUGAAAGAUUAGUAACUUAUCUGAGGAGUAUCUAUGGAGGGGGGAGAGGAUCAAGUGAAGAAGGAAAGGUUAGUUGAGGCGAGAGCAAGAAAUAUCAGCCACAAUGUGAGGUGUACAGAGUGUGGCAGUCAGUCCAUCGAAGAUUCUCAAGCUGACAUUGCCAUUCUCCUUAGGAAGCUAAUUCGAGAUGAAAUCAAAGCUGGGAAGUCUGACAAGGAGAUCUAUACAAAGCUUGAGGAUGAUUUUGGUGAAACCGUACUUUACGCCCCAAAAUUUGAUAUGCAGACGGCUGCUUUAUGGCUCUCUCCGCUAAUAGUUGCUGGUGCUGCUGGAGGUUUGUGGGCUUACAAGAAGCACAGGCAGAAGACCAAUGUGCACAUUAUGGCUUUGAAUCUCAUUCGAGGAAUUCCGUUGACCCCAAAGGAGAAAGAAACCAUGCUCGAGGUCCUCACGCCACCUCCUGGAGGAACGUCUUCCUUGAGUUGGUGGAGAAGAUGGCUUCAGCAAUGAAAACUUCUUUAACCUGUCAUGUCUUCCCUUGUAUUCUAUUCUUUCUUUUGCUAGAACAUCUCAAAUUGUCAGCUAGUCAAGAAGCCACCCUGUCCAUGUCAUUUUGUCUUGGUGUGUUUGAAUUGGUCAUCCCCACUCGUGAUUAUACAUUUUUCUAAGGGUAUACUUUGAUAUAGUUAUCUACAUCUUAUUGUACAAAAGGUACAAUUUUGUUGUCAGUUGACUUCGAUGUAAUAAUGAUGCCUCCAUGAUUUUAUGAUCGAGCAUCUUAGUAUAUAUUAUAAAAGUUAAAAGACUUUUGAACGACAA